GCUAGUCCGCUAGCUUUAACGCCCUUGCAAAGUCAUGGUACCUAAGUAUUAAAAAUGGUAUUAAAGCAAUAAAAGUAAAUCUGCCCAUAACCCAUAACUAUAACCAUAUUAGAAAAGGAAGAAAACUUUUUCCAUUCGCUUUUCUCUUUACUUCCUUCCUUCUUUCCUCACACUUAACUGGUCUUGUCACCUUAUUUAUCUAUCUUAUUAAUAAACCUUCUUGCCACAUCUUCUUGUACUUCAAAGACUUCUCUUUGUUUACUUCCAGAUACUUUAAAUCAAAUCGAGGACCUUACGCCAUCCACAACGUCAAGUUCUCCUUAUAUCAUCUGUCUAUCUACCAUCAUCAUAAUACCAGAGAUAUUUGAUUCAUUUGAUUUGUUUUCUAUUUCACAAUGUCGGAAAUCCAGAAACCUAUCGUCGAGGAGCCAGUCGUUGCUGAGUCCGCUCCAGUAACCACCACUACUGAUGCUCCAGUUGUUGAGCCAGUCGCCGAGCCAAAGGUCGAGGAACCAGUGGCUGCAACUGAGCCAGUCGCCGAAACUCCAGCAGUUGUUGAGGAGCCAACCACUGAGGCCGUCGCUGAUGCCGCACCAGUGAAGGAGGUUAAUUUCAUUGAGGAGGGUGUUUUGGGUUACAAGGGUCCAGGUUUACUCAAGAGCUUCAUUUUCCAAAAGAAGCAUUUCUGGUUCGGAUCUGAGCCAGUUGAACACAAGAACCUUUCCAGCUACCUCCGUGGUGAGAAGCCCGAUGUUGCCAACCACAACGCUGCUUGGUCAUCCCACACUGGAAAGGGUCUCUUGUUUUUCAGCAAGAAGUCCAGCGACAAGGCUAGCCCAGCUGGUAUCUUGAACUUGUCCGAAGCUUCUGAUGUCUCCGAAGAUGGCACUGCCGAUUUCUUCUUCACCAUCCACGGUCACAAGCACACUUUCCAAGCUGCCAACCCCGCCGAACGUGAUAACUGGGUUGCUACCAUGAAGGUCAAGGUCGCAGAGGCUAAGGAAAUCGCCGAAUCUGUCAAGGAGAGUGAGACUUACAAGACCAGCCACGCUGCCUUGGCCAAGCCAUUCUCUGGUGCUGCCACCCCAAAGAAGGAGGCAAAGGAAGAGAAGAAAGAAGAGAAGGCUGAAAUCAAGGCCGAGAAGAAGGAAGAAAAGGCAGAGGCCAAGGAGGCCAAGGAAGAACAAAAAGAGGAGCAAGCUGAAGCCAAGGCUGAGGCAAAGGAAGAGAAGAAGGAAGAGAAGGCUGAACUCAAGGUUGAGAAGAAGGAUCGCAAGAGCCGUUCUGCUUCUCGCAAGGGUGAUAAGCGUACUUCCAUCUUCGGUGCCAUUCCAGGUUUCGGAAAGAAGGAAGAGAAGACUGAGGCACCAAAGGAUGAGGUUGUUGCUUCUCCAUCCACCGAAGAGCCAGUUGUCGCUACUGAUGCUUCUGCCGCUCCAGUUGUUGAGGAGCCAGUUGCUACUGAAGUCCCAGCUACCACCGAAGAAGCUGCUAUUGCUCCAGCUGUCGAGGAGCCUGUUGCUGCCGCCGCUGUCCCAGCUGAUAAGCCAGUUCCAACCAAGCGUAACAGCAUCUUCGGUACUCUUCAAUCUAGAUUCUCCCACAAGAAGCCUGAACCUGAAGCUGUUUCCCCAGUCAUCGCUCCAAAGGAUGAGGAGCCAGUUUCUGAGAACGCCCCAGUUAUUCCAGCUGUUGACACUACUGAGCCAUUGAACACCAACGUUGAGGCUCCAGCACCAGUUGAGGCCACCGAGGCUCCAGUUACCAAUGGCGAGACUCCCAAGGCUGUUGAAACUCCAAUCACCAAGGCCGAUAAGCGCAAGAGCUCCCUUCCAUGGUUGAACAAGAAGGAUAAGUCUGCCGCCACCAGUGAUGAGGAGACUGAGAAGCCAAAGUCACCUUUCGCCAAGCUCCGUGCUACCGUCAAGUCCAAGUCAUCUCCAAAGGCUGACAAGACCGCUGAGAAGCCACUUGAGCCAGCUGCCGAGACCACGGCCGAGGACAAGAUUGAGGAAGAGACCACCGCUACUGAAGCUGCCCCAGCUGUUACUGAGCCAGUUGUCUCUGAGCCAGUUGUUGCUGCCCCAGCUAGCACCACUCCUCAAGUUUCUGCUACCGCAUGAAGCAACUCACAUCAUUAAAGGUGCAUAGCAUCUUCGUAAUGAUUUUUUAUUGUUGUCGUCGGGAAAACGGAUCUCCUUGAAAUACCCCCAAGAUUGAUUGAUACCACUCAUUUUUGCAGUACUCUUUGUCCAUCUUCAUUUUCUUACGCGUCUGUUAUGUUUUGGUCUGCCUGCGCUUGCGAUUUCUGCUGCGUAUUGAUACCCCCUAUACCCAGACUGUCUUUUCGCAAUCUGCCACUAGGGCAAACCAACCUCAACCUUAAUACUUAAUACAAAGUUUCUUGAUGUCUUA